CUUCGUAACUGAAGCUGUUCCACAAAGAAGAAAAAUAAUCCUCACAUUUAAAAUAAAGAAAUGGGAGUCCACGGUCUGUGGGACCUACUCGCUCCCGUCGGCCGCCGCGUCUCCGUUGAAACCCUCGCCGGAAAGAAGCUCGCAAUCGAUGCGAGUAUAUGGAUGGUACAGUUUAUGAAAGCAAUGAGGGACGAGAAAGGAGAAAUGGUGCGGAACGCACAUUUGUUAGGUUUUUUCCGAAGAAUUUGUAAGCUUUUGUAUUUAAGAUGUAAGCCUGUGUUUGUCUUCGACGGCGCUACUCCUGCUUUGAAACGCCGCACUGUAAUUGCUCGACGGAGACAGCGCGAGAAUGCUCAGGCGAAGAUUCGAAAAACCGCUGAGCAAUUAUUACUUAAUCAUCUCAAGUCGAUGAGGCUUAAAGAAUUGGCGAAGGAUCUUGCGAAUCAGAGGCAAACGCAGCAGGCUGAUGAUGAUGCUAAGGGAAAGAAGGUUUUAUCAGAGCAGAGCAAAAUAGAGAAUAGGGGUGAUAAAGUAGAGAGUUUUGAUCGGGAAGCUUUGGAUGAAAUGUUGGCGGCAUCUAUAGCAGCCGAGGAAGAGGGGCAUUUUAAUUAUAGUGCAUCAACCUCUGCUGGUAGGAAGGAAGAAGACAGUGAUGAAAGUGAAGAGAUCAUAUUGCCAGCAAUGGAUGGUAAUGUUGAUCCCUCUGUCUUGGCGUCUUUGCCUCCGUCCAUGCAACAUGAUAUUCUGAUGAGCGAGAGGUUAAUAGGGGAAAAGAAAAGGCAUAAUCAAGAAGUUAUUAAGCAGAAUAAGGAUCACAUGAGUAAUGCAGAGGUCACGGAGGUUUUAAUAGAUCUGACAGACACAGAAAGGAGUGAUUUAAAGCAGGACGAUUUGGUGGCAAAGAAUAACCAGGAAAAGCUAGAUGAAAUGUUGGCAGCAUCUAUUGUGGCUGAACAAGAAGAGAGACUAACUAAGACAGCAUCAACUUCUGCUGCUGCAAUCCUUUCUGAGGAGGAAGGAAAUGAUGAAGAUGAAGAAAUGAUACUCCCAGCAAUGUUUGGGAAAGUUGACCCUGCUGUCUUAGCAGCUCUGCCACCCUCAAUGCAACUUGAUCUUCUUGUCCAGAUGAGAGAGAGGUUGAUGGCUGAAAAUAGACAAAAGUAUCAAAAAGUCAAGAAGGCACCUGAGAAAUUUUCUGAGUUACAAAUAGAGGCUUAUCUUAAAACUGUUGCUUUCCGCCGGGAAAUAGAUCAAGUGCAGAAAGCUGCUGCUGGCAAUGGCGUAGGUGGUGUUCAGUCUUCACGAAUAGCUUCAGAAGCCAAUAGAGAGUUUAUCUUCUCUUCAUCUUUUACUGGAGACAAACAAUUGCUGGCAUCUAAUGGAGUGCAUAGAAAUGGAAAUAAGCAUCAGCAGACACCACUAAGGAAUCCUUUUUCAGAUUCUGCGAAUAGUGUUCCAUCUUCUAGUAAGUCCAAUGCUGUUAUAGGAUUUGUCCAAGAUGAAUCUAGAGGGGCAUUUGAUGAAGAUGUUGAGACAUAUUUGGAUGAAAGAGGCUGUAUUCGAGUAAGUAGAGUGAGAGCCAUGGGGAUGCGCAUGACACGUGAUUUGCAAAGGAACUUGGACUUGAUGAAAGAAGUUGAACAAGAAAGAACACAUGCAAAUAAGACAGCAAGUGUUCAACCUGAGCCGAACAGAGAUAAAACUGGAUCUCCAAAAGGCACUGCUAGUGAAAAUCUGCAGGCGAAAAGUUCCCAUGACAAAAAUGGUGAAUCUGUUAAGUCAGAUGAGAGAACCCAGCAGUUGGUUUUAGAAAAUAAGGGUUCUAUUCAGAUAUCUUUUGAAGUUGAUGACUGUUUUGACAAUGAUGAUGAUGUAUUUACUUCUUUAGUAGCUGCACAAUCUGUUAAUAUGCCUUCUGCUGACAAUGUUGCAUUAAGAGGGCAGAUUUCAGAUUCUUCUGAUGGUGAUUGGGAGGAAGGAGUUAUCGAUACAAGAGGUGACAGUGCUAUUAAUGAUUUGACGUUAGAAACUAAUCCCCAGCGUACAGAAAGCAUCAUUUCUGAUGAUAGUGAAGUGGAAUGGGAGGAUGGAGGCGGUGAUCAUGAAAAUUCCUUAUUUCCAUCUGAAUCUAGAAAGCCAGCUUCCAGAAGUUAUUUGGAGGAAGAGGCUGAUUUGCAAGAAGCAAUAAGGAGAAGUCUUGAGGAAUCUGGGGGUGAGAAAUUCAACACCACACCAUUGGAGCAUGAAGAUGAUACUGCUGGGUUUAUUCUUCCUGAGAAGGAUGUGACCCAACAAGAUAAAUUCUCUUCUGAAGUUUUUGCAACUAGAAAGAUGGACAGGGUGGGUCAAAGUGAUAUCGCACAGGUCUCAUCUUCUCUUUCACAGAGCCAGAUGAAGUUGUCUGAGAUGCAUGAUCCUGAUAAUAAAAGAAUCCUGACAAAUAAAUCAUAUGUAAAAGAUAUGAAAUCUAAUGAUGAACAGCCAAGUCAAGAUACAAGAGAAUUUCCAUCUGCAGAAUCAGCUGCUCCUUUGGAAGCAAAUGAGACCCAUGUGGCUGUGAAGCAAUCUUCAGACACUAAGAAUCGUGUUGGGGUUUCUCAUGUCCCCGAAGCAGCAUGUGGUUCCUUGCCUUGCGAAAUAUCGUCUGAAGACAAAGGAGACAAAGUAGAAGCAAAACCAUAUACGUCGGUCAACGAGGGGAAAAAUACAGAAUCAUCUUGUCAUUUAAUUGAGAUAACCAGCCCCUCCACAUCUAUUAUGGAGCCAUCCAUAGAUUCAACAAUUGGAACUGAUUGGGAACCCAACUUGGGUAGAGAAAGAAAUUCUGAUCAUCAAUAUAAUGAGGAGCAGGACAUGGAUAAAUUUGCAAGCAAUGAGAAUCUACAGGCUGAUUUCUCAGAGACCACUUUGCAGGAGGAAAUUCUGAUUCUUGAUCAAGAAAGUAGGAACCUAGGAUCUGAACAAAAGAAGCUUGAACGCAAUGCUGAAUCAGUUAGCAGUGAGAUGUUUGCAGAAUGUCAGGAACUCUUGCAGAUGUUUGGCUUACCAUAUAUCAUAGCGCCAAUGGAAGCAGAGGCUCAAUGUGCCUACAUGGAACUUGUAAAUCUUGUUGAUGGUGUUGUGACUGAUGACUCUGAUGUGCUUUUAUUUGGGGCUAGCAAUGUAUAUAAGAAUAUUUUUGAUGACCGCAAAUACGUGGAGACAUACUUCAUGAAGGAUAUUGAAAAAGAGCUAGGCUUAACCAGAGAAAAAUUAAUUCGCAUGGCGCUACUUCUGGGAAGUGAUUAUACUGAGGGCAUAAGUGGGAUUGGCAUAGUUAAUGCGAUUGAGGUCGUGAAUGCAUUCCCAGAAGGCAAUGGACUUGAGAAAUUCCGGGAAUGGAUUGAAUCACCAGAUCCAACCAUUUUAAGGAAGUUUGACUUGAAAACAGAUGCCAGUAUGAUGAAGAAAGGCGACCCUAGUUCUGGAACUAGCAAUAGCAGAGUUGAUUCAUUUAACCAGAACAUAUCAGAAGCUCACAAGGAGGAAGAUUCUGCAGAUCGCAUUCAUGAUACGAGGCAGAUUUUCAUGGAUAAACAUAGAAAUGUGAGCAAGAACUGGCAUGUUCCUUCUUCUUUCCCAAGUGAAGCUGUUAUUUCUGCAUAUUUGUGUCCACAAGUGGACAAAUCAACUGAGCCUUUCACAUGGGGAAAGCCAGAUCUUAAUGUUCUUCGUCGAUUAUGCUGGGAAAAGUUUGCAUGGGGCUUGCAAAAAUCAGAUGAGUUGCUGUUACCUGUUCUGAAAGAGUACAAUAAACAUGAGACUCAACUUCGGCUGGAAGCAUUUUACACCUUUAAUGAGAGAUUUGCGAAAAUUCGAAGUAAGAGGAUAGAAAAAGCACUCAAAGGGAUCAAAGGAAAUCAAUGUUCAGAGUUGAUGGACGAUGAUGUGAAAAAAAAUACUCCUGAAAAGGAGAAAACAACAAUUACGGCUUCAAAGAGGGCAAAGGGGGGUGUUUCAAGCAAGAAGACCAAAUCUGCAGGAGUAGCUACUGCUAAGGGAUCUAGGAAAAGAGUUGGUAGAGAACCUGUUUUGACUGAAGUGGAUAAUUCAGGACAGAAAUCACAAUGCAAAGAUGGAAGAGGGAAAAGAAGAGGGAGAAGCGUUGGAAAGAGGGAAGGAAGGGGAAAGAAAAGGGGAAUUGAGCACUCUGAUUCCAGUGAGGAUCAUGUCACUGAUGGUUACGAUGAGCUAGAAGUUUGUGUUGAAAAGUCAAAAGGGCCACAAGAAGUUCGAAGGUCAGCACGCUCUAGGAAGCCCGCAAGUUACACCGAGGAUGACUUGGAAACUGAUGUGGACAGAACAGUAGAUGUACGGUGUAACAAAGAGGCAGUAGAACCGGGCCUAUUUGGAGUCGUAGCAAGUAGAGAUGCCAGUACUAGCCACAGUGUUGAGGAACAGCUCAAAGUGGAAGAUAAUUUACCGGGAUACCUCUUUAAAGACUAUCUUGAAAGAGGGAAGGAGGGUUUAUCUAACAAUGAUGUUAUUGGUGAAGCUGGUGUGAACCCAAAUAACAAUCCAACUGAAGUUGGUGUCUCUCAAGAUUACUUUAAAAUGGGAGGGGGGUUUUGCAUAGAGGAAAGUGAGACAGAUCCCGACCAAAAUGCUGCUUAUAGCCCAUCUAUGCAUCAUGUCUGGGAAACACCCGAUUCUUCCAAACUCUUGGGAGAUACGGAAGAAGCUGACAGAUGUAAGGGCUCAGAUCCAUCAGUUUCUAGUGCCAAAAGAACAUUCAGUGAUACCCAACAUGAUAGCGAGCCGGCUAUGGAUUUCAUAAAUGCUGGGGACAGUGGUGAUCAUCUCAAAGUCAGUUCGUCUCUGCCAGAAAGCACGGACAGUAAAACUGGCGGAUUUAGGCUCAGUGCAAUGCCUUUCUUAAAAAGAAAACGGAGGAAGAACUGAAAACCUGUUGUAUUUCUCUAAUUAUAUUAAAUGAUUGAUAAUUUGUAGACGGCAUCGUUAUAUAUGUAUGGAUGAUAGCUAAGAUAAAAGCAAAUAUUACUUAUAAACUAUAAUCAACGUGUAAAGUUUAUAUUA